AUGGCCUUCUUUCGUUUGCCAAAUGAAUUGCUGCUAUCUGUCAUGAACUGCUUGACAUUGCAGAAGGACAUGAAUUCUUUCGCUCGAAGCAAUGCCCGUCUCUACGACCUUCUCAAUACCCAUCUCUAUAGAUACAAUGUGGAGCAAUGUAGAAGCUCCGCUCUUGUGUGGGCUGCAAAGAAUGGACAGGAGGAAACAGCCAAGAAAUCGAUAGCAGAAGGAGCCAAUAUUCAACUUGUAUCUGAAGCCAAUUGGACGCCGCUUUCAUGGGCGGCCUGGAAUGGAAAUAAAGCGGUCGUUAAGUUACUUCUCGCAACGGAUGGCGUCGAUCCAGCCUCUCAAACCUCAAACAAAGAGACACCGCUAUCGCUGGCGGCGUGGAACGGUCACAAGGAGGUAGUAACGCUACUUCUUGCGACACGGGGCGUUCAACCAGACUCCAGAACCUCAACCGGGGAAACCCCGCUAUCUUUAGCGGCAUGCAAAGGACAUAAAGAGGUAGUCAAGAAGCUGCUUGCGACUGGCGGCGUGGACCCAUUCACUCGGAAUUCAAAGGGAGAGACGCCGCUAUCACUUGCGGCAGGGACCGGACAGGAGAAUGUGGUCAAGCUAUUACUUGGAGUCGACGGCAUCGAUCCAGACACUAAGAAUUUUCGGGGGGAGACUGCGCUAUGCUGGGCGGCAGGCAAUGGACACGAGGCGGUGGUCAAGCUAUUACUUCUGGCUGGGGUGGACCCGGAAUCUAAGGAUUUCGACGGACGAACGGCCUUGUCGUUAGCGGCAGGAAAGGGAUCUGCAAGCAUCGUCAAGUUGCUACUCGCGGUGGAAGGGGUUGAACCAGACUCCGAAGACCAAGAGGGAAUAACGCCGCUGUCAUGGGCGACGAUAUACGAGCAUAAAGCGGUGAUUGAGAUACUGCUAGCUACGAGGCGCGUCAACAAAGACGUCAAGACGCCCCGCCCUCGUCUGCGGAUUCUAUGA